CGCUAGUUAGCAAACCUCGAAACCAUGUGCCGCUUUGGGGAUGGCGCACUGCAAAUGGCUUACCAGGACAGGGGCUUCUGGUUGGUGAAGCUGCGCCUCUUCUUGCUUGCCUUUGGCUGUGCGCAUGGAACCGCGCAGUCCUCCCACCCCAGCUGAGAGCGCUUGAGCUGGCCGUGGGAGUGCGGGAGUGGUGCUGCUGACCUUGGCACGGAGCCAGCCUCGUCGCCCACAUUCUCCCCGCGAGACACCAGGUUGGGACACCUUUUUUUUUCCUGCCUCGCAUUCUCCACGCCAUUGGCGGCUUGCGAAUCCCCCAUCCAGAGACGCCCUACGGCCUUGUUUUCCGGAUUGACAAGCAGCGAAACAAAGACGAGUUGGUUGUGCGAUGAAACUUCGAGUUUGAUCGAUCGAAAAGCGCUCGACGCCUCGGGGGCGGCUUACGAACGAUGCGGAUAUCAAGGCGGAGGGGUUGGCUGGCGGCGGUGGCCUUCGCCCUGACCGUGAAAGCAGACGUCAACUUCGACCCGAACAGCUUUGUCGGGAGUUGGGGACCUGAGGCCAUCUUGUCUUACGAGAAAGCGCAGAGCAACCCGUUCAAAUGGACGGCGUCGGGCGCCAACGCCGCAGAGAUUCUCCUGUUCUCGUUCACCGACCAGGACGACCAUCCAACGCAGAUAGGCCGGGGGCAAGCCACAUCGGAAGCGCAAGAGCCGUCAGUCGAUGCCACAAUUUCGACUCCGAAUCCGACGGACGGCCCCACGAACCCGGACGGCAGCGCAUCGGGCAAGAAGGCUAGGGAUCUCCAAAAGCGCCAGGCGCAUACCGACGGAAACCAGAACAUGACGCUUUUAGUCUCCGAGAGUCCAUCCGGCGGUCAGGUGUCCUUUUCCCAGCUGUCCAUCUCCUCGCUAAAAGACAUAAUCCCUAGCGGCACGCUCCUGUUCUUCCAGGCUACAUGGACUGGGAACCAGGCCACCAGUCGGGUGUUUACCCUUGUGCAAGGUCAAAGCGAGUACCUUGAAUACAAGAACAACUCGCACUUCUCCAACCCAGCCCCUUACCAAUGGGCGGGGACAAACACCGCGUCGGCGACGCCGACGGCAACGACGAUGCUUUCGCCCUCCGCCAGUGACCAGAGCCCCGACGCCUCAGGCGUCCAGCCAGCCGGGAGUCCCGCGAAGAGCGCAGGCGACAGCGGGCUGUCCACCGGCGCCGUCAUCGGCAUCGCUGUUGCUUGCGGUGUCGUCGGCCUCGCUCUGCUCUUCGGCCUGGUCUGGUGCCUACUGCGCCGGCGCCAGAAGAAGACGGCCAUGCUUCCCGUCGACUCUGCGUACGUCCCCGGCAACCGCGCCGAGGACCUCAUGGCCGAAAAAGAGGCGGCCGCCGACGUCGAUGCCGGCCCGCACUCGCCCUACUCGGACGACGGUGCUCCGGGCGCCGGCCCCAGCAGCAGCGCGUACCAGGACGGCUCGGUCCACGGGGAAGCCCUGGCUGCGGGCGUUGCGGGCGGUGGGCUUGCUGCGGGCGGGCUUCGGCAGCAACCGCAGGGCGACCAGCCGCGGUCCUUCACUCCGUACUCGGACCGCCCGAGCGUCGGCGGCGCCGCCGCCCCGGCGGCCGGAACGCCCAGCGUACGCGCGGCGUCGCUGGCGCCAGCCGACGAGGCGCGCGUCAGCGUGCCGAGCUCCACCCCGGGCAGGGCCACACCGCGGGCGCUGACGACGCCGUAUGCGCACCUGGUUGAGGAAGGCAUGACGGAGGAGGAGAUCCGCAGGCUCGAGGAGGAGGAGCGGCAGCUGGAUGCCGCCAUCGAGCAGGCUGCGAGGCGCUGAGGCGCCUGCCGACAACGGUCAACGGGACGGGAGGCGUUUUAUGAUUUCCGUUUUCUUGAUGAUCUAUAUCUAUAUUUU